CCUCCUCUUACACACCGCAUCACGCCAUGAUGGCACGUCUCCAAUCCCACGAACGUACGCCCAUGAACGUCACCUCCGUCAACGCACCCAGAAGACCUCCGCUGUCGGGCUCGGCACACAGCUCGUCUGGCGCGUCAUCGCCGGCUGACCUGCCGUUUCCGGCCAACCCGGAUUUUCCCAGCACCAUCGCCACCAACGUCCACAUCAUCAUGUCACAACUCGUCAUCGGUAUCGUUUUGGCUGCCGGUGGAGUGCAGCAGGCGCUUGGCAAGCUCCUUGCCAUCCGCGAAUCUAUCGCCGGCACCAUCCAAGGCGAUGUCAUUUGUGCCGUCGCUCACCAGUUCUCUGUUGAUGACGCUAUGCUACUUCUUGACGUCCUCGGCUCGAACCGCGGCAAGACGAUCAUCAUCCUCGCAGCAGUUCAAAAUCAGGCCGAGCUUGUUCGCCGGCUCGCCCCCAUGGCUGACUGGACCAAGGCCAUGCACUCGGCGUCACAAGCACUCAUCCGCGCUGCCGAGAACGGCGCCGAGGACGCCGUCGCCACACUCCUCGACUUUGUGCCCCAUCGUGGCAGGCCGAUCAACGGCUACGUCCGCAUCCUCGCCCUCCGCCACGCCCGCCGCCAUCGCUACUAUGGCAUCGUCGAGCUCUUUGACAACGACGCUACAACGCUGGCAGCACUCGCCACCAUCGAUGACGGCGACUUUUCCGAUCCCGACUACCUGGCUCUCCUCGACGAGAUGUACAUCCAGUCUGCGGUCGACGACUCGUUCACGCCCGACACAGCACCAAUGGCAUAGCUCUACAGCGGCGAUGUAUUUACUUGUUGGGUCAUCUCCGCCGCCGUGUGGCCCUCAGCGCAGCAGGCGUCGGUCGCCGCGACGAUGCCGGCGUCGGCGACCGCGAUCGCGACCGCGACCGCGCUCCCGCGCGCUCCCGUCGCGUCGCCUCAUAUACUCGCUUUUGAGCCGCAAGUAGUGACUGCCGCAACACAAUGGAGACCCGCAGCGUGCCGGCCGGCACCAGCUUGUGCUUGGGCACGAGUGAUGGGCCGAGUGCCGAUCGCAGCUUGAGCAGCGUCAGAUCUUCGUGGAUAAAGUCCAUUCCACCGUG